UGUUGGAAAUCUCCAAAAUACUUCAGUGCUCCACAGAAAUUUCACUGUAAGAGAAAACUUAAUGACUCCUACAAGAAAUCAGCGGUCUUCAUUUGACACGUACUUGACCAAGGUACAGAAGUUUGAUAAAGCCCUAACUAGUGAAUUCAAAAAAGCUGCUGUAGAAACUGCAGCAGAAUGCCGUAGACUUUUACCUUUACGCUCUGCUGGCAAUCCAGUUCGAAAUGAGGAUCUCAUCGCCAAAGCCGCUAAAGAGUAUGUAGAGAUCUUGAACAAGAAAUACAUGAUCUAAAAACUAAAUAAUUAAAAUGUAUUUCCUUGAUGAUUGCAUAAUGUUUUAAUUGUUUCCCAUUAAACAUAUUAUAUGUGAAAA